CGUUAUUCUGUGUGGAACUAGUCAUAUGCUCAACCCAAAACCGAUAAAAGUGUCACUUAAUACAUUUUGCCUCUGGGCCCCUCAUUUAUGUUUCCAUUGUGUUAUCAUCAGCUAGAAGCUCAUUGAUACAAUUGAACUCAAACCAGUUUCCUGCCAAGUGAUAACGACACAGAGCACAGUCAUCCAGUUCACGAAUUUGCUGAAGUACAGCAAUGUCACUUCGACUCGCUCUCGUUCAGUUGAAAGUAAUCGGCUCCAAACAGCAGAUUCUUCAAAACACAAUAAAUCAAAUAAAAAUUGCCGCACUGGUCAAGAAUGUUACCGUAGUCGUUCUUCCCGAGUGCUUCAACUGCCCCUACGAAGAAGAUGCCUUGAAAGAAAGCGCUGAGGAAAUUCCAGCCGGUGAGACAAGCCAAGCACUGCAGCGCGCGGCUCGAGACUACAGAGUCUACGUGGUGGGGGGAUCCAUUGUAGAGCGAUACUCGGGAAAUCUCUACCUCACAUGCCCGGUGUGGAAUCCGAAUGGGGAGCUAAUCGCAAAAUAUCAUAAAAUGCACUUGGGCGAUUCAAAUGCGAACGCAGAGGCGAUUGUCCGUGAAUCGGCUUGGUUCACCGCCGGUGAGGAUUUUGUCACGUUUGAUGUCAUUGGCGACGGCGAGUCGAGUCGAAAGGUGAAAGUCGGCUUGGGGAUUUGCUGGGAUAUGCGGUUCCCGGAGUUUGCUGCCUGCUAUCGGAAGCUGGGCUGUGGUGUUCUGCUGUAUCCGUCUCUUUGCGAUGUCAAGACUGGUGCCAUGCAUUGGGAGCUUCUUGCGCGUGCACGUGCGUUGGAUAAUCAGCUGUUUGUAGCGUUUUGUUCCCCGGCGCGGAAUGAGGAUGCACGAUUGGUUGCAUUUGGUCACUCGCUGGUUGUAGAUCCAUGGGGUGUGGUAAUUGCGGCGGGACUGGAAAAGGAAGACAUAGUUGUAGCCGAUUUGAAGCUGGAUUUGCUGAGCGAAGCAAGAGAAGAUUUGCCGGUUAUGAAUCAGAAACGAUUUGAUUUGUAUAAACAAGUUGGCGUGAACAACAAACAAUAGGGAGACAGUAGUUAUACAAUCAAUUGAUAUUAUAAUCAUCUUUAUCCAUUUGAAAAUUGUUCAAAUAAACAUUGGUUGGCAAUCAUG